CUCCGUACUAGCAGGAGGCAGAUGGCAGAUGUUUUUCGCCCCCAUUCUCUCGAGGGAGGGCCCUGGGCCCUUUAAUUCCCUCUGCCCUCCCCCUUCCUGACGUUUCUUUUCUUUUCCUACCCGUCAAUUGUUUUCAUUCUUCUAUACAACCCUUCCGCCAUUGAUACCCCCUAAUCCUAAUCCCCUCAACCCACGCCUCCUAAUUCACCUCACCACCAUCACCAUGCGUUUCCAACUCUCUAGCUCCCUGGCCCUUCUGGCUACCAUCUCCUGCUCCGCCGUCGCCAGCGAUGUCGUCUCCAUCUACUGGCUCGACAGCGACUUGACUGCCCUCGACGCCAAGCUGGUUGGCACUACCGGCGGCGCCCUCACCACCCUGAUCAUCAACUGUCCUGCCACCGCGACGGCGUCCACCACCGCCGCGGCCACGACGACCUCCAGCGGCGAUGACCUCAGCGAGACGGGCUGCAACAUCCCCAGCGAGGGCUACAGUCUGACCGUGGGCAGCACCACCCUGCUAUACACCUACAGCGACGCUGCCAUCACCCUCUCCGAACAAUGCUCCUUCGCCGGAACUACCUCCCUCUCCUGCGCCGCGACCAGCACCAUCGGCUCAGACGUGGGCUCCACGACCGUGACCACCUCGACGGAACUGACCCUCCUGCCCGUCACCAUCACCGCCACUGAAGGCUCCAAGGCCACCGGGUCCGCUGCAUCCGCCUCCGCCUCUUCCACCGCCUCUUCCUCCAGCACCGGUACUGGCGCCUCUGCCAAGACCACCGCCUCCGGCACCUCGUCCUCCUCUUCGACCUCGUCCUCCUCCGCUACGGCUAGCUCUACCAGCAACGGCGCUAUGUCUCUGGCUACCGGUGCGCAGUGGGUUGCGGGUGGUGCGGCUAUGAUGCUUGCGCUGGCUAUGGCUUAGACUUAGUCUUAAGCUUAAGCUUAGGUUUUGCCUUGGGCUUGGUUGGACUUGGUUGGGCUUGGGUUGCUUAAGCUGUGCAUUUGAUUAGCCAGCUGGUUGGGAAAGGGAUGUGUGCUUAGGGGGUGAGGAAUGGGGAGGGGGGGG